AUGGUGAAGCUCGAUAUUCACAUGGCUCAUCACCUUAAGCAGGAACGACUCUAUGUGAAUUCAGAGAAACAACUCAUCCAGAGACUAAAUGCAGAUGUGCUUAAGACUGCUGAAAAGUUGUACCGCACAGCAUGGAUUGCCAAGCAGCAGAGAAUUAACUUGGACAGACUUAUCAUAACAAGUGCUGAAGCUUCCCCUGCUGAAUGUUGCCACAUGCCAAGUCUUGGAGAUACACAGUUUGUUGAUGGAUAUAAGCAGCUGGGAUUUCAAGAGACUUACUAUGGAGAAUUCUUAAAUAGGUUAAGAAACCCUCGACUCAUUGCCUCCUCUUUGGUUGCUGGAGAGAAACUGAACCAGGAUAACACUCAGAGUGUUAUCCACACUGUUUUUACCUCUCUUUAUGGCAACUGUAUCAUGCAAGAAGAUGAGAGUUACCUCCUUCAGGUUUUGCGAUACCUGAUUGAAUUUGAACUCAAAGAAAGUGACAACCCUAGGCCUUUGAGGAGAGGCACUUGUGCAUUCAGCAUUUUAUUCAAGCUAUCUGAAGGACUCUUUUCUGCUAAACUCUUCCUCACAGCAACAUUACAUGAGCCAAUCAUGCAAUUGCUAGUUGAAGAUGAAGAUCAUCUGGAAACAGAUCCAAACAAGUUGAUUGAGAGGUUCUCUCCCAUCCCAACAGGAAAAGCUUUUGGAGAGAGGGGUUCAGAGAGCUUUAGACAAAAGGUCCAAGAGAUGGUGGACUUGAAUGAAUCCAAGCUGGUGGCCUUGGUGAACAAGUUUAUUGGCUAUCUCAAACAGAACACAUACUGCUUUCCCCAUAGUUUGCGGUGGAUUGUAUCACAAUGUAUAAGACACUCUUCCUGUGUAAGAUAGGCUUGAGUAGGGGAAGUAAGGGCAAUGUGUACUGAUCUCCUCUUGGCCUGCUUCAUUUGCCCUGCAAUUGUCAACCCAGAACAGUAUGGAAUAAUUUCUGAAGCUCCCAUAAAUGAGGUGGGCAAGAUUAAUUUGAUGCGGUAUGUCGGUCGCCUCUUGCAGCAGCUAGCAAUGACUGGCUCUGAGGAGGGAGAUCCUCGAGCAAAGAGCAGCCUUGGUAAAUUCGACAAAAGUUGUGUUGCUGCUUUCCUUGAUGUUGUAAGUGGCCGGGCAGUGGAGACUCCACCAAUGUCUUCAGUUAACCUUCUAGAAGGUUUGAGUAGAACUGUGGUGUAUAUGACCUACAGCCAGCUCAUUACUCUGGUUGGUUUUAUGAAGAAUGUCAUGUUGGGUGAUCAACUGAGAGAAGAUCGAAUGGCUCUUGAAAACUUGUUGGCAAACCUACCCCAGGCCAAGCCAGGAAAAAGUAACAGUUUGGAAAUGACUUCGUAUAAUACUCCUCAGUUGUCUCCUGCAACUACUCCAGCUAAUAAAAAAAAUCGCUUGCCCUUAGGACAACAGUUAGCAGCCAUCACUGCAUGGGAUCCCUCAGCCACCAAUCUCACAGCUCACAUUACUCUAGUAACCCCAUUUGCAACUCGAAGCAGAAGUCGUACCAAUAUGCUAAUUGACCAGCAUCCAGACCAUGAUGGAUUAUCCCAAAGGACUAUUCAGGAAGUGCAGCCAGAAGAAGUGUUGGUUAUUUCUUUGGGGACAGGUCCCCAGCUCACUCCAGGCAUGAUGUCAGAAAAAUGAGGUAUGGUCUUAAACAUGCAGCUUUCCGAUGGAGGACAAGGAGAUGUCCCUGUUGAUGAAACCAAACUCCACGGUAAACCUGAUAAAACCUUGCGCUUUUCCCUCUGCAGUGAUAAUCUGGAAGGAAUAUCUGAAGGUCCUUCAAAUCGUUCUAAUUCGGUAUCUUCUCUGGACCUGGAAGGGGAAUCUGUAUCAGAACUUGGAGCAGGGCCUUCUGGGAGUAAUGGAGUUGAAGCUCUACAGCUUCUGGAACAUGAACAAGCUACAACACAGGAUAACCUCGAUGAUAAACUACGGAAAUUUGAAAUUCGUGAUAUGAUGGGGCUAACAGAUGAUCGAGAUAUUUCAGAAACAGUGAGUGAAACCUGGAGUACAGAUGUCUUGGGCAGUGAUUUUGAUCCCAACAUCGAUGAAGAUCGAUUACAGGAAAUUGCAGGUGCGGCAGCAGAGAACAUGUUAGGCAGUUUGCUGUGUCUGCCAGGUUCAGGGUCAGUGCUUCUUGACCCCUGCCUGGUUCCUACCAUAUCAGAAACAACCAGCGAAGCUUGGAGUGUAGAGGUAUUACCAAGUGACUCAGAGGCUCCAGAUCUCAAACAGGAAGAGAGAUUACAAGAACUAGAGAGCUGUUCUGGACUGGGCAGCACAUCUGAUGAUACAGAUGUCCGGGAAGUCAGUUCCCGCCCCAGCACUCCAGGCCUCAGUGUUGUCUCAGGCAUCAGUGCAACCUCUGAGGAUAUUCCUAAUAAGAUUGAAGACCUUAGAUCUGAAUGUAGUUCAGACUUUGGUGGGAAGGAUUCAGUCACUAGUCCAGAUAUGGAUGAAGUAAUACAUGCUUCCCACCAACAGACUUCUCCUCCCUCUCAAUCAGAGUCUUUGCUUGCAAUGUUUGACCCAUUGGCUUCACAUGAGGGGGCAUCUGCUGUGGUAAGGCCGAAAGUUCACUAUGCUAGACCAUCACAUCCACCACCAGAUCCUCCAAUCCUGGAAGGAGCAAUGGGAGGGAAUGAAGCUAGGCUACCGGGCUUUGGCUCUCAUGUGUUGAUUCCAACUGAUGCAGAGGCAUUCAAACAGAGACAUUCCUAUCCUGAGCGAUUAGUCCGCAGCAGGAGUUCAGAUAUUGUAUCUUCAUCCCGGAGACCCAUGAGUGAUCCUAGUUGGAAUCGGCGUCCUGGGAAUGAAGAGAGAGAACUGCUUCCUUCGGCUUCUAUUGGAUCUCCUUUAGUGGCUGCACCUCCAUCAUCAUCCUCAUCUCCUAGUAAAGAUUCCUUGAGAGGAGAGACUGAAGAACGAAAAGAUAGUGAUGAUGAGAAGUCAGACAGAAACAAACCUUGGUGGAGAAAACGUUUUGUUUCAGCUAUGCCUAAAGCUCCUAUACCAUUUAGAAAGAAAGAAAAACAAGAAAAAGACAAAGAUGAUCUGGGGCCUGACAGAUUCUCAACACUUACAGAUGAUCCUGUCCCCAGACUCAGUGCACAGGCCCAGGUUGCUGAGGAUAUCUUGGACAAAUAUAGGAAUGCCAUUAAACGAAGUAGUCCUGGUGAAGGAGCUGUGGGGAACUAUGAAGGUGCAGAAGUUAUGGGGGAUGGUGAAAGUAUACAUGACUCUCCUCGUGAUGAAGCCCUGCAGAAUAUCUCCGCUGAUGACCUUCCAGACUCGGCCAGCCAGGCGGCCCCCCCACAGGACUCCCCUUUCUCUUACAGGGAUGCUAAAAAGAAACUGAGGCUUGCACUUUGCUCAGCAGAUUCUGUUGCUUUCCCAGUGCUGACUCAUUCAACAAGGAAUGGUCUGCAAGACCAUACAGACCCAGAAGACAAUGAGAUUGUAUGCUUCCUAAAAGUUCAGAUAGCUGAAGCAAUUAAUUUACAAGACAAGAACUUAAUGGCUCAACUUCAAGAAACAAUUCGCUGCGUGGGACGCUUUGAUAAUAGAACUUCGAAAUUGCUGGCAUCUAUUGCAGAGGACUACCGUGAAAAGGGCCCAUAUAUUGCUUACCUCACCCGUUGUCGCCAAGGGCUACAGACCACACAGGCCCACCUGGAAAGGCUGUUGCAGAGGGUUUUGCGAGACAAAGAGGUGGCCAACCGGUAUUUUACCACAGUUUGUGUGAGAUUAUUGCUGGAGAGCAAAGAGAAGAAGAUUCGGGAAUUCAUUCAGGAUUUUCAGAAGCUCACAGCAGCUGAUGAUAAGACAGCUCAGGUAGAAGAUUUCCUGCAGUUUUUAUAUGGUGCCAUGGCUCAGGAUGUCAUCUGGCAAAAUGCUAGUGAGGAACAGCUCCAAGAUGCUCAGAUGGCAAUUGAACGAAGUGUGAUGAACCGAAUUUUCAAGCUUGCCUUCUAUCCUAACCAAGAUGGAGACAUUCUCCGUGACCAGGUUCUUCAUGAACAUAUCCAGAGAUUGUCUAAAGUAGUGACUGCAAAUCAUAAAGCACUUCAGAUACCUGAUGUCUAUCUUCGGGAGGCCCCCUGGCCAUCUGCACAAUCUGAAAUUCGUACAAUAAGUGCUUAUAAAACCCCCAGGGACAAAGUUCAGUGCAUCCUGAGAAUGUGCUCCACAAUUAUGAACCUGCUGAGUCUGGCCAAUGAGGAUUCAGUCCCUGGAGCAGAUGAUUUUGUUCCUGUUCUGGUGUUUGUUUUGAUAAAGGCAAACCCACCCUGUUUACUGUCUACUGUUCAAUAUAUCAGUAGCUUUUAUGCUAGCUGUCUGUCUGGAGAAGAAUCAUAUUGGUGGAUGCAAUUCACAGCAGCAGUUGAAUUCAUUAAAACCAUUGAUGACCGGAAGUGACCUACUCUGAAGCCUGCCAGGGCAGGCAGACUGCUUAGGGGAGAAGAAUCUCUUAAGUGAUAUUCACCAGCUGCUUAGCAGGCUGAAGAUUGUCCUUGUAUAUUGUACAGAGUUGAGGCAUUUUCAACCAGAUCUUUACUAAACAGAUUAAUGAGUUAACUAGCAGAUUUUCUUUUCUUUGUUUCCCCCCCCCCCAUUCCUGUUUCUGGGUUGCAUAUUUUGUUCUCCCCAAUCUAAGUAGAGGCUAGAGCUACAACAAGGGACCACAUUUUUCAGGUGUUUUGGAAUAUAAAAACCUCCUGGGAAAAUUCCUAGGUCACCAUUCAUGGAUAGCCAUGCUUUCCUUUUCUUUAAAAAAAAAAAAAAAAGACCAGGUCACCUCUUUUAAGAUACCUAGUAUUGGUAAGAAAGCACCCACUGAACCCGAAGGUUUAUAAUAGUUGAAACAUUAGUGGCAUUAUCUCUAAAUCUCUAUACCUAAAUUGAGAAGCUGAGAAGGAAAUGUAAAUAUAAUAUAUAUAUUUAUAUUUGUUGUACUAUGGACAUCUUCAUACUCUUUCAUAAACAAGGAACUUCUGUGUCUUGACAGUAGGUUGUGCCAUAACCCUGUUGUGAUAUGGUUUCCUCAAAAGAACUUAAGCUGAGCUUAAAACAAAAAACCAUAAAUAUUUAUUUAAAUACAAUGCGGUUUAUUGAACUUUCCAGGAGUUUGAUGCGUGCAGUGCUACAGCCGAUGGCAAGUGUAUAUUUUGGGAUCUUUCACGAUGGAGGUUUUUGGGAGCUGCAUAUGAAAGAGAUGGACUGUGUCUAGAGAGAAGCACUGACUAUAGAAAGGAAUAGUAAAAUAUCAGAUACCUUAUUGUAAUAUUUUUCUUCUGAAAUAUUGUGUAUACUGUACAAACCCAGACAGAGCUCCUUAUGAACCUUAAAUUGUAAUAUAUGUUUUGAUUGAUUAUUCACAUUGAAUGCAUACGCCAGGGGAUUCAGUGAUGGCGUUUUUUACUAAGUGUUCUUUGUAUUGUCUGCUCUAGUGGUGCAGGUUUUACUAGUCAUAAAAUAUUUUAACAAAUCAUACUGUUCUUAUAAAUAUAUAUAUAUAUUUUAUAUGUGUGUAUAUAUAUAAUAUAUAUAUAUAUAUACAUACAUCUAUAUUCAUAAAUAGGCACCAUGUCAGGGUAUUUGGGCAGAUUUCUGUUAUUUUCUCCUUCUAACAAAAUAUGGAUUUCUUUUCAUUUAAAUAACUAAACUGACAGAUUUUCCUUGGUGCCUGAGAAGUUGACCAAGCAGGCGCUUGAUAGCAUUAAGCACAUGUCUUGUAUAUAAGUGAUCACUGGCUGGUUUUAUUUUGUACCUUUUUAUUAUUUCUCAGUAUAGAAAAGUGGUUCUUUUACAUAAUGGAGAACUGAGUCAGCUUCUUAAUGCUAAUAGUCCCACUCCCCAAAGUAUUUUUAUUGCUGGUAGUUGGGUAAGGAUGUGAUAGCUAGCCUCUUGUGGGCAAGGAAAGACACAGUAAGUUUUUUUUCUAUAGGAUCUGCUGUUUAGCAUUUAUAAAACACUGAGGGAAAAUUAGAGGUUUUUAAAAUUUUAUUCCACCCUUUUCCAUUCAUUUACUUGAAAAUAUCAAAUUAUAUAGAAGUAGGUGUAGAAUUAGGUGUUUGUUUUUAAUGAGUGAACACAUUAAACUAAUACUGCUAAACUUUCAUCCUUCAUUUAAGUUUUUAAAAAAAAAUCAACAAAAUACAAACUUGUGUACUGUUUCCUAGGCUGUGCCUAUCACGGUUGCCUUUGUUAUUGUAGGUCAAAGUCUGUUGUGUAUUCCAUUACCAAAAAAACAACAAAAACCCAAACAUUUGUAUAAGAUUUUUGAGAUUCAACUGGUCAGCUUAUUUCCAUUGGUAUUUUAAAAUUUGGAGCCAAUUGUACUGCAAUUUAAUUUUGAUCAUUUAACAAGAGAUAUUUGUUUCCUAGUGCACUGGCUGUUCCCUCCCCCCAGUGACUGUUAAAUUCUAUUCUAUGUCAUCAAUGUGAAAAUUAUAAGAUUCAGAAAUGAACUUACAUAGAGUUAUUGUUUUGGAGAGGGGGGUGGAGGGUGGGGUAAGGGUUUCAUCUCUUUAUAACCUUGACUGGAGUGUUAAAGUGCUGGUAGCAGUAGAAUUUGCCUUAUUUAGUGCUGCCUACCUGUAGUUACGCAAAUGCUUGAGCCCAUAGUAAGAACACCAUGGAAGUUCGGUUUCUAUGGCUAUACAUUCUUUUUUCAUUUGUGAUAGAGAUGAUGGCUGUACUCUUAGGCCUGACAGUGGAGGCUUUUGGCAAAUUAACAGAAUAAAGCUUAUUCAAGAGACGGUUUUCAUGUUCAUGCUGAGAAACUUCAAAGGCAAGACUUAUUUCAGCAUCAACAAUAACCCAGCUGUGUUCAGUGUUAGGAUUUGUUAUUUUAUUGAUAUUUAAGCAUGAGAGUGUGAGUGUGUGUGUAUGUGUGUGUGUGUGUGUGUGUGUGUGUGUGUGUGUAUUUUGAGGGAAGGGGAGAAGUAUGGGUUUGACUUUGCUUUUUCAAGGUAAUAGAAUAUUCUUUGAAGAUUUGCACUGAGCUUUCCUCCAAUAACUUAAAAUGGAGCAUUAUAAAGGAGUAUAGGACCUCUUGCUUUUCAUGCUGAAUGAGUUCACAAUGGGUGUUAAGUUGGACACUGGUUCACCUUGGAGUCUUACACAAUUAACAUGGUAGAGAGAGCAUCAGAUUGGGAAUUAGAAGACUGGUGUUUAAAUCCUGACGAUUAUGUUUAGCAGCUGUGGGACUUAAGGCAAGUAAUUUCUCACUAGGCUUUAGUUUCUUCAUCUGUAAAAUGAGGGGGUUGGUCAAUAUAAUUUCUAGGCUCCUUUUAUAGGUCUAAUUUUUUCCCAAUUGAAAAGAGAAGAAAACUAAUUUUCCUUAUUUGCUACUUCUGAGAAUUGAGUAGAAGAAACAUAGUUAAAGAUUUUUAGUUUCUCCCAACCCUUCUGUAAAAUGAGUUUACUGCCUCUGGUUUUCAUCAGAAUUUCAACAAGAUCUGUUCAUCUGUUUCCUAAUUUUUUUCUCUCUAAAAAAAACCCCUGAAUAUUGAAAGCCAUUUAUAUAAACAUUGUUCAAUAGUUAAAGAAUUAGGCUUUCUAAGGAAUUUUCAGACUCAUAGAUGUCCUGAUGUAACUUUUAAAUACUCUUCAUAUUAUAUAUCUCUAGGAAGAUGAUUUCAUUUUGUUUUUUCUCUUGUGAUUGCACAACAGAAACACAAACAAAAACUAUCUAAACCAAAAAGAAAAAAAAACCCAACAAGAAGCUAAAAGGAUGCCCCUUCACCCCGACCCUACUCCCCAAACAACAACAACAGCAAAGACUUUUGCUACAAGAGUCAAGCUACAGGAGCAGAAUUUUGGGAGCUAUAAACCUGUUUAGAAUGUCAUUAGAUGUUGGGUUUUUGUUUUUUUUGGCCAAAUAAAGGUCAGUGAAAUGCUUAAAAUAGUAAAGGUGAAAGGAGAAAGAGUAGGCAGCGUUUACCUGAUUACUUGAUAAACUGGUAGUGGCUCUUACUAGGAAUAAGCUUUCUGUCUAAUAAGAUGGCUAGGUAUUAAAAAUACUAGACCCUGAGGUGUUCUUUUUUAAAAAAAAAAAAAAAAGGGAAUUUAUUGUGGUUUCUGGUUGUAGACCAAAUCGACCAGGAGAACCAAGCAAUAUGAUGUGAAAGCUAGGUUCAGGGUUAGAGUCCUUCAUGAACCACCCUGGGUACUCCAAGAAAUCUUGGGUUACUUGCAUUUGUUAAGGUUGACAUCUCUUCUUAGUUGUGGAUAUUUGUAUUGACCAGUCAACCUAAGGAAUUGACCCAGAGAACUGACCAGUCAGCCCACAGAAUUGGCUCAGGGAGAUGUCUUUGUUGGUCUUUUCUGUGUUCUCCUGCCCUAUGUAAGCUUGAGUGGAUGGCCUCCCAGCAUUGAUGCUCUUCUCAGAACUGCCUGAGAGCUAUAGGGUUAUCAGAGCCCAACAGGAGUCCCAUUGUUAGAGCUGUUCCUCUUAAUAUGCUGUAUAAUAUUUUAAAAUGAUGUUUAAAUGUUUCUUUCUCUCUGCUCCCGCCUUUUUUUUUUUGAGGGAAAGUGUAUCUGCCCUAUUUUUUAGUUUUUUUUAUUCAAACAAGAUUAUUCUGAAGAAUUCUGAAUGUACCUGCCAUAAUUUUAAAAGAAUAGAGUUUCAAAAACAAUCUUCUUAGCUGAAGGUGUUUUUUCCCCUUUUCUUCUUUUUUUUUUAAAUUUAAAGAUUGACAGUCGGUGUUGUUUGGAAAAAUGUUGAAUGCCAAAAUGCUUGGGAGUUCUUUGCCAGACUAAUGAUAACUGAAUAUAUUAUAGAAUGUAAACAAUACCAGAAGUGGGUCCUCAGUCAAGAAGAGCUUUGCUCCUCUUUGGAAAGCUGCAUGUAAAUGAAAUCAAAGAAGAGUUAUGUGGUCAAGUAGAGAGAAGAGGUGUGGCCAAUGAUGUGACUGGACAUUCCUGGCAGCAGCCAAAUAGGAAAUUGGACUUCAGACAGAGGGUGUUUUGUAUCUAGCCAACAACAGUCAGUAUGGCUGAGCCUGUGAGGCUUUAGACUUCAUCUCUGCUGAACUAUUCUGUGUUGUGUAUCUAUGGUGUGCUUCUCCUGUAUUGAAAAGCUUUGUACUGCCUCUCCUCUUUGAAACUGGUAAAGCCUUUCUAUAAGUCGAAAUUAAUGAGCUUGCACAAUCUUGUAUACCUACAGGAAACUCGUCUUGUCUCUAAUGUGAUUAUUAAUGUAUUAUAUCAUUCUGUAAAACUGAUUAAAAAAAGGAGAGCAGUUUAACUCCCUGGAUUUUGUUUCCAUCAUCAUAUGUAGUUUGUCUUAUGAGCAUUGUUGAAAAUCCCUUUUGAUUUAUAAAUGUUACUGCUCUUCUUUAUGAAUUCAUACUUAUCUUUUCCAUAA